AUUGAACCCAAGUUUAACAGUAACACCUGCACGUAGAAAAGAGAAAGAGUGCUCACCCAACACUCCGCUGGCAGCGCUGUCGAGUGUUCCUCCGUGGCCCAUUUUAAGACUUUGUUUCUUCCUCUUCCUCGGGUUCGCGUUCUUCACGCCAGCUUCUGUAAGAUAAAUAGAGCAUCAGCGCGUUUGCCUUCACAAACAAGUCAUGUUAUCACUCUGUUACCCCGCGUUACCCUUCAGCAAAACUUCUUUGAGAUUAUUCAAGACAUCUGCAGAGGUCGGUCCUUGCUUCUUAUAGAUUGCAAACAGUCCAUGCAGGGACUGCAGUUUGGAUAGCGAACUGGAAGCCGAUAAACCACUGCGCGUCGGAGACUACAUUGACCAGAAUGCUUCACGGUGUACUACACUUCCUGGUUACGCUUGGCUUCCUUUUGUUGUCAACUGUGUUUGGUGCAAGAGUAAUAACUGUCUGAACAUACUGUAGUGUGGACUCUCUAAGUGUUUUGGUUUGGAUGAAGAUGUGUCCUGUGUCUUAUGUGGAGAAAAAAAGAUAAGACAAGUGUGUCAAAAUGGAGGCUUUCAGGCAGACAUACUUACGUCUGUGUAAGGAAGGAGCUGUGGAGCCCCAGGAAAGCGUCAUGGUCAGGUUGCAGGACUGCCGGGCUUCCCGCUUGGACUUAAGCGGACUGAGUCUUUCUAAGGAUACCUGCACAAUGCUUGCCCGGGCCUUCCAAAAAGAUACUUUCUUUUCUGAUGUGUCUCUCAGUGACUGCAUGCUCAGUGAGGAAGGAGCCAUCAUUUUCCUGACUGACCUUAUUCACAAUACAACUGUUAAAACCCUGGAUCUAAAGGGAAGUAACCUGAAAUCAACUGUGGCAGACGUGUUGGGAAAAUUGUUGACACGCAAUAAGACUCUUAUUAGGUUGGUACUGGACUGGAAUACACUUGGAGUGUGGGACACAGCCUUCACUAUUUUUUGUGAAGGUCUGGGCUCCAACGGUGCACUGACACAUCUCGACCUGUGUAACAAUCAGAUCAACCAUCAAGGAACGUUGGAGCUUGCUGAGGCACUCAAACGCAACAGCACGCUGAAAGUGCUAGAUCUGAGAUGGAACAAUAUUGGUCUUCUGGGAGGCAGGUAUCUUGUAGCUGCUCUGCAGAACAACCACAGUAUAGAGCAAUUGGAGCUGGCAGGAAACAACAUACCCAGUGAUAUACUCAAGGCACUCGAGCAGAUUGUAGGACGCAACACAGACCGAAGAUCCGCCUUGAUAGAGAGUCACAGCAGAACCCAGGUCCUCAGCAAGGAGAUUCAGAGCCUGAAACAGGAGAAAGGACAACAGUUCCAAAACUUGAUGGUCACCAUUGACAAGCAGAGAGAAGAGAUGGGACGAUCAAGCAGGUCCACCAACAUGCAGAUCAGGCAACUGCAGGAAGCUUUAAACGGGAGGAAGUCUGCUGUAAAUGCUCUCACUACCAGAUUGCAGAUGAUGGAGGCUGCCCUUGCACUCUCUGAGCAGAAAAAUCACAACCUGGCCGAGCUGAUCGCAAAACUGAAGGUUGAGAAAGAGCAACAGCUGGAUGUGCGGAACAAAGAGAAGAAAAAAGAACAAGAGGAACGCCUUUCCAGAGACGAUAAGCUUCUAAGAGACAUUAAAAAUCUGACGGAAACUAACGUCCAACUGAAAAACAACAUGGAGGAGGUGGAGCGCAGGUGCAAGUCUCAGCAGCAGCAACUUUUUGAGCGGAAGCAGGAACUGACCCACAGUACAGCUGAGUUCAAGCUCAAGCUAGCACAGACAGAAGACCGCCUGGAAAUAGAGAAGCGAAUGUCCAAGCAAGCCCUUGAGGACCUAGAUAAUCGACGACAAAGAGAGGUUGAGACUGGGAAUCGGCAUCGAGGGGAAAAUGAGAAAGCACUUCAGGAACGCAUCCUCAAACUGGAAGGACAACGAAUUCAGCUAGAAGAGGAUCUGAGUAAGACUAAAGCGGCGUGUGUGGCAGAGAGAUCCCUGGCAGAGGAGCAACUGGGGAAUGUCCGCGCACAAGUGCGCCAGGAAGAGCAGGCACAUGUAUCAUCGUUGGAGGAGAAGCUUCGCUCAGUGCGCUCCUCCCUACAGGAGAUCCAACUGCAGUCUUCCCAGCAAAAACAGAUCAUCUCUGAGCAGCAGGCUAAAAACAGACAGCAGAUCAUUGAGACAGACAGCCUGCGCCGCAAGAUCGAGGAGCUCCAGCAGGAGCUGUCAGGAAAGGACCAGGAGAAGUUAGCUGAGGUGAGUCGAGUGAGGGUGGAGCUGCAGGAACAGAUUGGACACUUGGAGGUGGAAAGAAUUGCACAAGGAGGGCUUAAAGAGAAGAUCGGUGCUCUAGAGAGAGAAAUCAAAGUACUGACUAGCAACCAUAGAGAAGCGCUUCUGGACAAAGAGAGCGAGGCGUCGUCUUUGCUGGAAAAGCUGCGGCUGAAAGAGGUAGAGAUCCAAAGAAUGAGGGACGAUGAAGCCCAAAGAGCGACGUGCCUGCAAAACGCCAUCCUCACCUACGUCAGAGGUUCUCCUCUGGGACAGUACGGCAGCCCUAAGACAUGAUCCCAUGAAACUGAA